AUGUGGUUCCAGGUCGCUACUCUGUGUUUGGUGGUGAUUGCGGCGAUGGCGCAUCCGCCGGCAACAUCCCAUCAAUUUCGGGUGGAUCAUCACGAUCACCAUGAUCACCAUCAUCAUGUAGAUCACCAUAACAAUCAUCAUCACCAUGUUGAUCAUGACCAUCAUAGCCACCAUGAUCACCACAGGCAUUUCAACCAUAAUGAUCACCAUGAUCACCAUGACCACCAUGAACACCAAGCAUAUCACGGACACCAUGGCCACGAUGGACAUCACGACCACCAUGGACACCACGGACACCAUGAUCACCAUGUAACACAUCAACAACAUGGGCACUUGGACCACGCUUCGUCAUACCCUUCAUACCAAUUCUCCUACUCAGUUGAUGAUCACCACACCGGCGACCACAAAUCCCAGUCAGAAACGCGCCAUGGUGAUCAUGUAACAGGAGAAUACUCCCUCGUGGAGCCCGAUGGCAAUGUGAGAUCUGUUCAUUAUAAUGCAGAUGACCACCACGGGUAA